UCACAGCUGAAGAACGUCAACCGUUGACGCCAUGUCACGUGAUACCAGUUUUCUUUCCUCAGCGCUGCUUUGUCUCAUCGUUGUUGUUGGAGUCCUAUCCAAACGUGACUGAAUGGGAUAGUAUAAAUUGGAUUUUACCAUUUUAAAUUAUUCUAUGUUUUAGCAUACAAGUGUUUUCGAUCAGACAUAAUAGUAUCUCAAUCCCUAGUGAGAUUUGAAUGCGGUUCGUUUUCUAUGCGCUCGAGCGCCGCCCAGAGGAAUAAAAGUUCCUUACAUUAGCAGUAAAGCAGUAUUGACAUGGUAAGUUUAGCUCCUGUUUUUUGAGUAUUAUUUCCAUGUAAAAAGACGUGUUACCAUAUCGUUUUAUCGUAUAAUUGAUUUCUUCUGUCAUUAAUUGCAGGUGAAAUUCCUCAGUCAAGAUCAAAUCAACGAGUACAAAGAGUGUUUUUCGCUGUACGACCAGAAGCGCGUCGGUAAAAUGAAGACGCAGGAUCUGCUGACGGUCAUGAGAUCUCUGGGCCGAUGUCCGACCCUGCCAGAACUCGACAGACACUUACUGAUCCAUAAAAUCGAUAAGAGCGGCGAGUUGGACUUCUCCACGUUUCUCAGCGUGAUGCACGCGCAGAUCCGGCGGGAACACCCUCGGGAUGAGAUCCUGCGGGCCGUGAGGCUGAUGGACACGGAGAAGCGAGGCUUCAUCACGGUGCCGGAGCUCAGGGUCAGACUGACGGGCUUUGGAGAACGACUCACAGAUCAAGAAGUCGAGGAGCUGCUGGGUGAAGCCGGCGUGGCGUGUGAUCAGAUCCAUUACGAGGACUUCGCCAAGAUGGUGGCGUUUCUGACGGUCGAUGCCGAACAAACUUCAGACCAGCAAUAAAUCAGCCUCUAAAUCUUUCCAAAACAGCGAAAAAUGAAAUACUUCCACAACCCUGGCCAUAUUUAACUGAUAAAGCACCUGCCAAACCCAUUCAAUCAUUAACUAACUGUGGGAUUGUUUUGAAAGUGACCAGAUGUGUCCAUGUGAGUUGUUUUCAGAAACUUAAGAUUUCAGAUUAUUAGUGAUAUUUUAAAUUGUGAUCAUAGUGCCCUCUUGAGUUUAUAGAGAAUAUUUGAUGCAUCACGUUUCACACAACAGAAUUUUUUUUUUUUUUUGCCUCAAGCGUCUGCUUUAAAAACAAUCAACGUGUGUGUCCCUCUCUCUCUGUUAAACAGUUUAUUAUAACCUAUAUAAAAAGCAAGAACUGAAAGUUUUGUCUUUGGUAAAGCUCAUAAAUCCCCCUGUUGUGGUGUUAAUGUGUUUGUGUUGAGAUAAUAAACUAAAGCUUCAGUCCAGCACAGUCGAUCUGCUGUCAAAUGUUAAUUAGAUGGAAUAACAGUAAAAGUUAACUUUGUAAUUGUGUUUAUGAGGAAAACAAACAUUGCUAUGAUAAGACAGGACUUUAUUACGUCCUUCAAAUGGACAACACCGUAACACUGUUUACAUUCAUUUCCGAUCGGACCAUCAGCUUCACAUGGUUAAGGUCACUGACACAGCUUUAUUACACUUCAAAUCAGCAAUACAUUUUAAUUAUUUCAGAAUUUCCAGGCAAUAAACUCAAACAGAAAAAAAGGAGGUUGGAAAACAAGAAAUGGAUAAUGUAAGCUGCUGCUUUAACAUCUGCUUCAUGCACAGUAUGAUCACAGA